AUGCCCCCACCUGCGGACAUUGUGAAGGUGGCUAUUGAAUGGCCGGGUGCCAAUGCUCAGCUUAUAGAGAUGGACCAGAAAAGACCUUUGACCUCAAUCAUCCGUGAAGUUUGCGAUGGCUGGUCUUUGUCCGGCUCGGAACAGUUUGCUCUGCGGUAUGCCGAUGGCGCUCAGCUUUACAUCACGGAACAGAGCCGCUGUGAAAUAAAGAAUGGGACCAUCCUUCGAUUGGCCAUUUCUCCCGGCCGUGCGGCUCGUCAGCUCCUGGAGCGAACCCAAUCCCACGGGAUCGACGCUCGCCUGGAAGCUUUGAAGGAACUGGCCAAGCUGUCGGCGGACCCCACCUUCGCCGCUGAGUUUGUCAACAUGGAAGGAAUGGGGACCCUGGCUCGCCUGGUUGAAAGCGGCACCCAAACACUGCGUGCAGAAUACCGUCGAAUGAGACGAAUACUGUCUUCUAAUUGCAGCUUCGGUGAAAUGCUGGCCUUCACUCUUACGGCGUUCCUGGAGUUAAUGGAUCACGGCAUCGUGUCCUGGGAUCUUAUCUCGCUCUCCUUCAUUAAGCAGAUUGCGAGCUACGUGAACCAGCCCAUGGUGGACGUGUCUAUCCUGCAGCGCUCGCUGGCCAUCCUGGAGAGCAUGGUGCUCAACAGCCACAGCCUCUACCACCGAGUGGCUCAGGAGAUCACCGUGGGACAGCUCAUCGGGCACCUGCAAGUGUCAAACCAAGAGAUUCAGACCUACGCCAUUGCCCUCAUCAAUGCGCUGUUCCUGAAAGCGCCUGAGGAUCGACGGCAGGAAAUGGCAAGCACUUUGGCCCAGAAGCACCUUCGAUCCAUCAUUCUUAAUCACGUCAUAAGAGGAAAUCGACCCAUCAAAGCAGAAAUGGCACAUCAACUGUAUGUGCUGCAGGUGUUGACCUUUAAUCUUUUGGAGGAACGAAUGAUGACCAAAAUGGAUCCCAAUGACCAGACUCAAAGAGAUGUGAUUUUUGAGCUUCGGAGGAUCGCCUUUGAUGGAGAAAAUGAACCCACCGGUACAGAAAAAAGAAAGGCCUUGUAUGCUAAGGAUUACAAAAUGCUAGGCUUCACAAACCAUUUAAACCCCGCUAUGGAUUUCACUCAGACUCCCCCAGGGAUGUUGGCUUUGGACAACAUGCUGUACCUGGCCAAGGUCCACCAGGACACGUACAUCCGGAUUGUUUUGGAAAACAGCAGUCGGGAAGACAAGCACGAAUGCCCCUUUGGCCGGUGUGCCAUCGACCUCACGCGGAUUCUCUGCGAGAUACUCCAAGUUGGAGAGUUGCCUAACGAGGGCUGCAACGACUACCAUCCUAUGUUCUUUACUCAUGACCGCGCAUGGGAGGAGUUCUUCUGCAUCUGCAUUCAGCUGCUCAAUAAAACCUGGAAGGAAAUGAGAGCCACGCCAGAGGACUUUAACAAGGUGAUGCAGGUGGUCCGAGAGCAGAUCACCAGGGCCCUGGCCAUGAAGCCCUCAUCUUUAGACCAGCUGAAGAACAAGCUGAGAGGUCUCAACUACUCCGAAAUACUGCGAUUACGCCAGUCGGAGAGAAUGAGCCAGGACGACUUUCACUCUCCGCCCAUCAUCGAGCUUCGAGAAAGAAUCCAACCCGAGAUCCUGGAGCUCAUUAAGCAGCAACGACUCCAUCGGCUGUGCGAGGGCAGCUGUUUCCGAAAAGUGGGGAACCGCCGAAGGCAAGAGAAAUUCUGGUUCUGCAGACUCUCUCUUAACCACAAAGUGCUGCAUUAUGGGGACUUGGAUGAAUCGCCCCAGGGUGAAGUGCCUUUUGAGAUGCUUAGCGACAAGAUACUUGUUUCUGACAUGAAGUCUGUGGUGACUGGGAAGGACUGCCCGCAUAUGAAGGAAAAAAGUGCUCUAAAGCAAAACAAGGAGGUGCUAGAGUUGGCCUUCUCUGUCCUUUAUGAUCCAGAUGAGGCGCUCAACUUUGUGGCGCCCAACAAAUAUGAGUACUGCAUUUGGACAGACGGCCUGUACGCACUGCUGGGCAGGGAGAUGAGCAGCGACCUGACCAGAAGUGACCUGGACACACUCAUCAGCAUGGAAAUGAAACUCCGUCUCCUCGACCUUGAGAAUAUCACCAUUCCAGAGGCUCCGCCCCCUAUUCCCAAAGAGCCCAGCUCUUAUAAUUUCACUUACAACUACAGCUGA